UCGACACAGAAGUUUGAAGGCCACUUUGCUCGGCGGUCUGUCACAGAUGCACACGCAGUGAGGUCCGUUAGCUGCAACAUCCUUCUAUUUUUCCGGAACCCAGAGGGAAAAGGAACACACUCAACUCUUCAUAAUGAGGUCCUUCUUCCCUCUGCUCCUCACCUUGCUCUUGGUGUCCCAUGGAUUUUCAGCAGUUAUCACAGGGGCCUGUGAGAGGGACUCUCAGUGCGGAGGAGGGAUGUGCUGUGCAGUGAGUUUAUGGAUCCCUAGUCUGCGUAUAUGUAUGCCCCUGGGACUGGAAGGAGCCAACUGCCAUCCUCUGAGCCAUAAGGUUCCUUUCUUUGGGAAAAGACUCCACCAUACCUGCCCCUGCCUGCCCAAUCUGUCUUGUAUUGUGGUUGGACAGGGAAAAGCCAAAUGUCUCUCACCUUAUGAGUAUCCAGAGUAUUUCCUCUGAGGAUCUAAACGUCUGGUAUUUGCUAUACCUAUACCAUAAUUACUUUGGAUUCUUAAUAAAACCUAUUUUCACUGUUUUCUAUUAUAUGAAUAGAGAUAUAUUUCUAAACUCACCAUCACAUUGAUUCUACUAAAAUUAAAAUGUUUAAGCAAGA